AUGCUCGCAAGGAGGGGCUUUAUUUGCUGUUGCUGCAUAUUUUCUACAAUUUCAGUGGGGUUAGGUGUUUCCAUCGAUCACUAUAUACGGCGCUAUGAGCCGGUUACCUACAACGCAACUGACGUUCACGGCCAGGUGCUCGCCCUGAAGGAGGAAAACGACGUCGCAACGCCCGUGCGGCUGGAUUUUUCAGCCUUCGAUAGGCACUUCAAGUUGCGGCUUUUGCCGGGCGCUAACGUUCUAGAACAUGGCGUUCUGGUUAACAUCUACAGUUCUAGCGGAGUCAGUUCCAAACCGGUCAACGCAGACAUUCUCUUUAGAGGAAAGCUAGAAGAUGAGGCAGAGUCAGUUGUUCACGGGCACAUCCAACGGGGACUGUUUAGCGGCGUUGUCAAGACAACCAACAGCACGUACCAAGUGGAACCGGCUGACAGAUACCGCCCGUUCUCGCGAGACUUCCCGCUCUCGCGAGACUUCCAUUCCGUCAUGUACGACCACAAUGACGUCAUCAACGGAUCACGCGAUGACGUCAACGUCUCCUUGAACUUUGCCUUCGUGGAUCACGUGACAAGAAUGCGCGCAGAAGUCAUACAUCUGGAAUCGGAUUUUUUCGACCCCAAAAUACCACAUUCUGAAGAAAUGCAUGACAGGAAUUUCACUGAAUUUAAGAGAAAAGCUUGGGCGAAAAGCAGGUAA